AUGGCCACCAGCAGCUCGGCGUUUGCAGAUGAGCUCCCGAUGGAGGAGCAGAUGCCCGAACUGAUCGACGACGACGAGCUCCCGAGCGCUCUUCCGUCGCUUCUCGAACAGAAUUUGGACACCGCCCCUAAGGGAGACGGCUUCAAAUUGGUCAGUUUGGCGAAAAAGGCAAACUCUGGUAAAUCGAUCCUUAUCUCAUUCGAGAGUUAGCAUGGACCUAACGCGGCGUGAUUUGGUCCGGAAAUCUCCUGAUCAGACUAGGAAAACGCUCUGAUCAGACUCGGACGGUUUAAUAAACUUUUAGUAAACUCUAAUAAACCAAACGCGUUACGACACUCCUUUCGGAUCAGAUAAGAUCGAUUUGCCAGAGUUAUUUUUCUGAAAAAAAUUCCGGGAAUGCGAAAUGUUAGUCUCUCUUUUCUCGAUAAAAUCCAAUUUUUUUUUUGUGCGUUUGUACUAUAAUUUUUCGUUUGGUUAGCCUUGACAGCGCGCGGCGGUCUUCCUCUGAAUACACCCGCACACAAAGGAACGGUUUUUUUUUUGAUUUUAAUGUCGCCGCCAUGAGGUCUAGAAAGACGAUUGUUUGAUGAUGACGACGGCGGGUGAUUCAGAGCUUUUACGACCACCCACGACUAGUUUUUGAUAGUCUUCUGAUGAUUUUUGAUGGAAAUUAUGGAAAAUAGAUUUUCGCUCAAUUUCAGGUGCAAAAACGCAAGAGAAAGUCGGGAAAUGCGAUCGACGUGGAGAUGGAGGACAUUUCGCAACCGGACGACGUCGCCGAGGAAGGAUCGGGCGAGCCAAAGUCGGCGAAACGUUCGAAGGGCCAAAAGGGCGAGCAUCGGGUGGUGGCGGUGCCGAAACAUCGUUAUACUCCGCUCAAGGAGAACUGGGUCAACAUUUUCACGCCGAUUGUCAAGAAUCUCGGACUGCAGAUCCGAUUCAAUCUCAAGAAGCGACAGGUGGAAAUCAGAAAUCCCGAGGAUCGCGAGGACACCACCGAUUUGCAAAAGGUGAGAGAAAAUGGUGGAAAAAUGGAAACGGAAGAGAAAUGGAGAUUCUUUUUGCACUGUUAAUCCAAUGUCUUGCAGGCCACCGACUUUGUGCGCGCCUUCAUUCUGGGAUUCGAGGUGAACGACGCGAUUGCGCUCAUCCGUCUCGAGCACCUGUUUUUAGAGACUUUUGAGGUACUUUGCCACUCGAAAAUCGUCGAUUUUGCAUCGUCUUGCCUGUUCGCAGGAAUUUGUAUCAACUGUGUAUAGAUAGGUCGGCGGAGACUCGAUAUUUCGAUAGUCAACAACUCGUAAAUGUCAAAAAAAGAGAAUUUUGAUGGGGGGAAAAGGAAAGGUCGAGAUUGGCAUAUCAUUGAAACGUCGUUAAAUCGGAUGGAAACGACGGACGGUACGGAGCGAGCAAAGGAUACAAAAUGAGCAAAAAUUGAUGAGAAAUUGAAGGUGUUCUAGGUUUUUAGUGCCACCAUCCAUUUUCCUGUGUGUGAAGCAAAACUGUUCAGUUUCUUUCUUCUCGGAGCGGUUUUCCAUGAAGUCGGUCCCCCGGAGCUCGUGUCAAUCCCGUUUGACCUCUUUAUUUGUCUGCUCAAAGCACCUGGGACAGAUGUUCCAUUUGCAUUUGCAUUUCCGCAUUUCCAUCAUCCAUCCAUUCGAUAGUCCGAUCCUCCGACCGAUUCUCGUUUUGUGGAUGAAACGGACGGACGGGCGCCGGCAUGACGAACCGCCAUUAACCUUGAAACGACGGCGCAGAGGAGCACAUUACCAUUGCUGUUAUUGUUAUUAUUAUCAAUUUCCCCAUUCCAUUUCAACCUUGCGCGUUUCGUUUCGUUUCGAACGCGUUUUCGAAUGGAGGAGCGGUCUAAUAAGUGUGGAGAGACACCUUUUCUCUCUCUCUCUCUCUCUCUCUCUAUCUUUCGCUUUCGGCGUCGCCACAAAACGUCGCGAGUCCGCCCAUUUGGCGACUGAAGAAAAGGCGACGGAUUACGGUAGUUUUGUGGCGCUCGACACUGAAAUUUGAUGAUAGCAAUGGAGAGGAGAAACUAGUGCACACAGACAAACAGACGGAAUGGAGCAGCAGCAGCAGGAGGAGAAGGAGGAGGAGAGGACGGCCAAAAACGUCUGAACUGUGUGGUGAUAACAGAACACGCCACACUCAAACGCAAAAAUUCAAAAGUGGAUUGGCCUAAAAAUGACGACUAUUUAAAGAGAAUCGAGAAAAUUGAACGCUCUGGCCUAAAAUUAACCGAAGUCGGGCUGAAAUUCUAGAAAUUUAGCCUAUAACUGGUAGAGGGGAAUUUACCUUAAACUGAAAAAUGAAUUGUCCAAAAGUUGCGCUUUUUGAACAGAACAAGCGAAAACUACUAAAAAUACAUAAUUCAGAUCGCCGACGUGAAACACUCGCUGAAAGGGGACCAUGUGAGCCGUGCGAUCGGACGUAUCGCCGGAAAAGACGGACGGACCAAACUGGUCAUCGAGAACACGACCAAGACGAGAAUUGGUAGGCGCAAUGGGAAAAUGUUCGAAAAAUCUUGAAGAGAACCGAGACAAUCACUUAAUUUUCUGCAUUUUUCCAGAGAACGGUUCCAAUUUUGAUGAAAGCGUCCAUAUUUUCCAUUAACGACCUGAACUUUCCCAUAAAAUCCCCAUUUUUUUGCAGUGGUCGCCAACACGAAAAUCCACAUUCUGGGCGCGUACCAGAACCUGAAGCUGGCGCGAAAUGCCAUCUGCAGUCUGAUCCUCGGUAAGUGCAUAAAUUACAUGUUGUCGCGGAGAGCUACCAGCUACCACCAUUCGGUCACUUUUUUGUCACACACACACAUGUUUUUUGUGUGUGUGUGUGUGGCCCAUUCAUCUCGUCAAUCGGCGAUUGUGUGUCCCUCGUUUUCCGGAUCUUUCCCUCUGUUUCGCCGUGUCGUUCGCUCCGAAUUGCUUUCUCCUCUUCUUCUGCUUCGUCCGGAGGUCCUCCUCCUCGCCCUUUUGUCGCAACAGACGUGUCACAUUCUGAACACCGUGGAAAGUGAGGAAAAUGCCAUCCGAAUGGGAAACGAUCACUUUUUUUGGACGGCGAAAGGGAGGGUGGCGACGCCUACUCGUUUUUCCGGAAUGCAAAGACAUUGGACUUGGUUUUGUUCGAGAACUGGGAGACGGAUCGAUUUUCAGAGCAGUUUAGCACAUUGGCGACUUUUGGAACGGGACUUUUCCGAUUCGAUUUUAGGCCGAUUCGAGCAGAUUCUCGACGUUACAGUACUCCCAGUCUCCCCCUCGUACACACCGCCAAACUCCGGCGGGUCUAGACUUUUAGCGCUUCUCGCCGUCCCAUAUUUCAUCAUCGCUUUCGAUGAUCAUCACGUACAAAGAUGGGCGUCACACUUUCUGCCGAGCACGAGCCAGCACUGGCUUCUCCGGCUCUUCCCAUAUGUCGUGUUCUCCGCGGCCGUUCUCGUUAUCAGUCCGUGUGUGUCUGGGCGCAGCGCCCGUCUAUUUCGCUCGGUGCGACUAUAGUCGGUGGGCGACGACGACGACGACGACACGCUUAUAGCAGUCGGCAGCAUCAGCAACACGGCCAAAAAUGUUGCGAUUUCGACAAAAACGACGGCGACGUUUUAUCAUUAUCAUAUCGCUUUGUGUAAAGUGUGGAAAGCGGCUGGCGCCACUGAAAAUGUGCACUUUUUCGCAACAUUUUCAAUCGGUCGAUGAUAGUAGUUGGAUGAUAGCGAAAGGCGCCAGACACGACAGAAAAGAGCAUUGUGGAGUUGGAAUUUGAAGUUUGAAAAUAUUCGAAUUGCAGCAGAAUUUGGUUUUCUCACGAGAUGCGACUAAAAGAAGAGAUUUGGAAGUUAAUCAAAAAGUGAAUAGUUUAAAUUUUCGAAGAGAAAAGAUCCCUCGUGUGGCUGUAGUCCUUCGAAUGUUCUCUUUCUCUCUCUCCGGUUCGGUUCGGUUCGGUUCGGUCGUCAACUGCAACACACAGAAACAGCCGUUUUUUGUGUUACAUGUGUGCGGCGUCGCCGUGUGUCAUCUCUCUUCUCUUCUACGCACACACACACCGAUGAGAAUAACGACCACACACACACACAGAAAGAGAUGAGGCUUUAACCCGUGCGGGGUUUUGAGAGGCACAUAAAAUGGGAUUGCCCGUCCGGCCGACGAUGCCGAUGCGACACCGAAUUGAUGUUCUUCUCUCUCUCUUCCUCCACUCUUUUACGCUUUUUUCCGGGUGAUGACAAUGACACAAUGAGUGGUGGUGGUGUGCAAAAAGUGCAGAAUCUGGUCGGGUACUAGUUGUCGAAAGUCUGUGGUUCAUUGAAAUGAAAUAUUUUGUCAAAUACAGGUCAGAAAAUCUGAAAUAAUCCAUUUCUUUUUGCAGGAUCGAACCCAUCGAAAGUGUACGGAAGUCUGCGCAACAUGGCGUCCCGCGGAGCCGAACGCCUCUAA